GAAGAGAGAGAGAAAGAGAGACACACAUACAGAGAGGAAUAAUAAUAACAACAGUCACAAACAACAACAGCAGCAAUUUUAAAAAGCGGAAUCCGAUACAUGUUCAUUGGAAAAGAGUUUUGACUCCAUCCUCAGAAUUUUUUUUAAAAAAAUCUAUGCAUAUCUGUAUAUAUUCCUGGAAAUCACAAAGAUCCGUGGGUUGGCAUCUCUUCGUUAUCUUCUAACAUCCUGUGGCUUUUCAUCUCCCCUAACCCUGGUACCUAGAUCUAAACCUAUUUAAUAUAAGCUAUUCAUAUGACAAUGAGCUCCUAUUUUGUCAACUCCCUCUUCUCCAAGUACAAAACUGGGGACUCCCUGCGCCCCAACUUCUACGAUUGUGGGUUCGCCCAGGAACUCGGAGGGAGACCGACGGUGGUGUACGGGCCGAGCACGGGGGGCACUUUCCAGCACCCCACCCAGAUCCAGGAGUUCUACCACGGGGCGUCCUCUCUCUCCAGCUCCCCUUACCAACAGAAUCCCUGCGCCGUAGUGUGCCACGGGGAUCCCAGCAACUUCUACUGCUAUGACCCGUUGCAAAGACAAAGCCUCUUCAGCGCUCAGGAAUCCGACCUGGUACAGUAUCCGGAUUGCAAACUAGCUUCCACCGGCCUGGGAGAGGACGCAGACAAUUCGGAGCAGAGCCCGUCUCCCACACAACUCUUCCCCUGGAUGAGACCGCAAGCCAGCUCUGGACGGAGAAGAGGCCGGCAGACCUACAGCCGCUACCAGACCUUGGAGCUGGAAAAGGAGUUCCUUUUUAAUCCUUACCUGACCCGCAAGCGGAGAAUCGAAGUCUCGCACGCCCUGAGAGUGACCGAACGGCAAGUGAAAAUCUGGUUUCAAAACAGGAGGAUGAAGUGGAAAAAAGACAACAAAGAUAAGUUCCCCAGCAGCAAAUGUGAGCAAGAAGAAUUGGAGAAACAGAAAAUGGAAAGGGCGCAAGAGGUGGAAUAGGACGGAGAAGCACAGACGGGGGACAAAAAGUAG